AUGGAAAAAAGCGAACCCAGAGUUGUCGUGGGGCGUCUGAGAGGAGUGAAUGACAUAAGGAUCGGCACGCCGGCACACCCGCCUUCCUUUUUGCCACCCAAUACCACUACAGUCGCGAAACGCGAACCUAGCAUCACUGAAUACACAUUUGAGCAAUAUCAAGCUGCCAAUCUCAACGAUGACGAGAAACACGCCGUCAUCGGCAAGCUCCGCGGUGAGCUGCCCAUCAUUGAUCGCGAUGAGGUCGACGAUGUACUUCUCCGUUCGAUGGCACAGCAGCUUGAACUGGCGGUGUUCCCGACUUGCAAGAUGAUGCAGGUCGAACCUGUAGCUGUGAAGCGCAUGCUAGAUGACCAGUUUCGCAAGGCGUACGGCGCGGAGGUUGAGGCGGAGGUGUUGGGCAAGUUGGGACUGUGCCGUGUUGAGGAUGCCGAAAUGGCAGUAGCUGCGGAGAGGAUACGUAUCAGUACUAAGAAGAAGGGUAAGAAGCAGAAAUUAGGGAAGAGUGAGGAGAUAUUGAUAGAAGAGGAGGAAGACGCCGUUGCGAAGUCACCGUCCCCAAUGGAGAAGAAAACGAAGAAGGCGCUGAAUGACAUUGCGAAGGAUAUUGAGGCGCACAUCACACGGAUGAAGAGAGCGAAGCGGGGGGUCAAGAUGGUGACGCUGCGCUCAGUAGCUAUGUCGCAGAAAUGGGAGAAGCUGAGUCGUAGAUCGCGGGAUGAUGUACCUGAGUAG